AUGGAGAACUUUCGGCUGAAGGACAUGGUUGACUUCUUAUGGACAACGGAUCCAAAUGAUGUACAUUUGCAGUUUUUCGUUGAAUUGGCAAAUACAGUUGAAAAAAACUCGAUAAUUCUUUUUAACACAUUUGACGAACUUGAGGAAGAUGUACUGAAUGCUCUAUCGUCUAUUUUUCCUUCUCUUUAUCCCAUUGGUCCGUUCUCUUUACUUUUAAACCAAAGUCCACAUCACCACUUGGAAUCUUUAGGUUACAAUCUUUGGAAGGAAACUGAGUGUGUUGAUUGGCUCGAAUCCCAGAAACCUCGAUCUGUUAUUUAUGUGAAUUUUGGCAGCAUCACAGUUAUGUCCGCAGAGCAAAUGUUGGAGUUUGCUUGGGGUUUGGCCAACAGCAAGAAACUGUUUUUGUGGAUCAUCAGGCCCGAUCUUGUCGCCGGAGGUUCCGUGAUUCUGUCAUCAGAGUAUGUGAAUGAAACUAGAGACAGAAGCCUAAUUGCAAGCUGGUGUCCACAGGAGAAAGUGUUGAACCAUCCUUCAGUUGGUGGUUUCUUGACUCACUGUGGAUGGAACUCAACGACUGAAAGUAUUUGCGCCGGAGUCCCAACCCUGUGCUGGCCAUUUUUUGCAGAACAGCCAACAAACUGUAGAUAUAUGUGCAGUGAGUGGGAGAUUGGGAUUGAGAUUGAUAGCAAUGCGAAGAGAGAGGAGGUGGAGAAGGUGGUAAAUGAGUUGAUGGUAGGGNCACUGACGCGUUGUUCAUAUCUCAACUUCAGGAUUUGUUUUUGCCAAAAAUCAUUUUUUUAA